UGCCAUGUCAGACACAGUGCCACGUAAGCAGUGCCACGUCAGACACAGUGCCACGUCAGACAAAGUGCCACGUCAACAGUGCCACGUCAGCAACAUGACGGGCUUGCCAGACCAACUGGCCAAUGAGCCCAUUGCCGACUACAAAAAGCGCGUCCAUGCUCAGCUCGCUGCAAUCGAGGAUGAGGAACAACGCCAGCUGGCAGUCAAGGCUGCCCAGCUACAGGCUGAUGAAGCGGCAACAGCAGAGAAGCUGCGGCUACAGGCAGAAGCAGACGCAGACGCCCAGGCUCGCCGCAAGGAAGCCCAGGCUCUGCUGCAGCGGUAUGAAGCCAACAGCAUCGAGAAACUCAAGUACUGGCACUUUGAACCAAACGGCGACGAGCCAACACCGGAAGAGCAGCAUAAGGAGCUCAUGGCCAAGCUCGUGAGCAGGAUUCUGUCUGUCGCCAAGCACGCGUACAUCGGCGCCCUGUUCCUGAACUCAAAGGGCGGAUGCCAGACCUGGUUGAGCCACUUGGCAACCUCUCAUGGUGUCGACGUACUGGACUUGAAGGAUAAAAUCACAUGGGAGGAACUGACACGGCUGUGUAAGAAGCGGUUCAUCGUCGACGACGCGCCGACACCUGCCAUCAACCGUCUGUUCACAAUGUCACAAGGCAACACUGCAACACGGGAUUGGCUCACGGAGUGGCAGAAGAUUGCGGCGGUGCCCAAUCUGGAAUUGGCAUUCACGCAUCUACGCCGUGAGUUCUACAACAGGACCUGUGCUGCAUUGAGCCAGACUCUUGGUGAUCGCGAGCAGUACUCAACCUUUGCCGAGAUUAUUGACAAAGCAAAGGAGAUCAUCAACACCAACAGGAAAUGGACAGCCAGUACAAGUUCCAUGGGUCAAGUUUGGCUUGACCGAGGCGGAGUACAAGGUCCGCGGCCGCUACGGCAGCUGCUAUUGGUGCAACAACACCAAGCACAAGACCUCCCUGUGCCAGGAUCAGGGCAAGGAGGAUGUGCGACCCCGCCUCAGCUCGGGAAACUGAGCUCCGCGGAAGCUUCGCCGCCAUCUAUCGCCGGGGAUUCAUCAUCGUGGUCAAGACUUGAGGUGCUCGACCCAUUGACGUUCACGAACUUCCAGUGGAUGCCCGUUCCCCCGACCGGACGAUUGCCGAAACCGCAUUGCAAUGUGCUCAUGGCACAACUGCGAGAUUACUUGCACACUGCAGUACCGACUCCGUUGAUGGACGCCGGAGUAGAGACGCAAAGGUACGACGACAUCGACGCACCAUUGCUAUACGUACGCAUUCAGAUCGGAGAGGCGACCUGCAGUGCCUUGAUCGAUUGCGGCACAUCUCGCAACUACAUCAGCCAGGACUUCAUGGUGCGAGCCGGCCUUGGCCCACGCGUCCGAAGAAAGCCCCAGCCUAGGCAAGUCACAUUGGCGGACGGUCACACACGCAAGUCAAUCGACCGGUGCAUUGACAGCGUCUCAAUGUACUUUGCCCCUCACGCAAGUGAGGCGGUGUCCUUUGACAUUCUGGACACCAAAUUCGACAUGAUCUUGGGCAUGUCAUGGCUGCAAAGCAAGGAUCACCCGGUGAACUUCUUCAACCGCACCGUUCACGUUCGUGACCGGAACGGAGUAUUAGUUCCAUGCACGGUGCCUCUUCCUCAUCCUUCGAUCAGUUACCACGUGGAAUCCGCCGCAAGCAUGCGAGCUUCCAUCAUCAGAGACGACAUCGAGGAAAUGGGGGUGUGUUUUCUCCACGCCCUCCCGCCCCAUAACGCUUCAUCAACGGACUCACCUUCGGAUCCACGCAUCACCGAACUUCUCGACGCCUACAGCGACGUGUUCGAAGGCCCGCACGGAGUAGUACCGGAUCGACCCAUCCGCCACGAGAUCAUCCUCGAGGACGGGGCCGUACCUCCGCGCAGUUGCAUCUACCGAAUGAGCGAGGAAGAGUUAAGUGUGCUCCGCGCACAACUCGACGACCUUCUAAAGAAAGGCUGGAUUUGGCCUAGCUCAUCGCCAUACGGUGCUCCUGUUCUCUUCGUCCGGAAGAAGAACAAGGACCUGCGGUUGUGCAUCGAUUACCGCAAGCUCAACGCGCAGACGAUCAGGAACGUCGACCCUCUCCCAAGCAUCGAUGACCUUCUCGAGCGAUUGGGCGGCGCCCAAUUCUUCUCUAAACUGGAUCUCAAGUCAGGGUACCACCAACUCGAGAUUCGCAAGGAGGAUCGCUACAAGACCGCGUUUAAGACACGGUAUGGGCAUUUCGAAUGGCUGGUCAUGCUGUUUGGCCUUACGAAUGCCCCUUCCACUUUCCAAGCGGCUAUGACAACGGAGUUCCGACACAUGCUGGAUCGGUUUGUACUCAUCUACCUCGACGACAUCUUGAUGUAUAGUCGGAGUUUGGACGAGCAUGUGGAACACCUGCGCACCGUUUCGGAGCGGCUACGACAAGCCAAAUACAAAGCAAACCGCGACAAGUGCGAGUUCGCACAGCAGGAGCUGGAGUACGUGGGACACUAUGUGACGCCGCAAGGCAUCCGUCCGCUUGCGGACAAGAUCGAGGCCCUACGAGUAUGGCCCGAGCCCACCAACACCACGCACAUUCGUUCAUUCAUGGGAUUGGCGGGCUACUAUCAGCGAUUCAUCACCGGAUACUCCAGGAUUGCUGCACCUAUGAAGAGGUUACAGUCGCUAAAGGUGCCAUUCGUAUUCCAUGACGACGCACGCCGGUCAUUCCAAGCACUUAAGACGGCUAUGCUCAUGGCACCCGUCCUUAGCAUCUAUGACCCCACCCUGCCGACGCGAGUGACUACGGACGCUUCCGGCUAUGGCAUUGGGGCAGUCUUGGAACAGCACGACGGCGACGACUGGCACCCUGUGGAGUAUUUCAGCCACAAACUGCCUCCCAUCAACUCGCUUGAUGAUGCAAGGAAGAAGGAGUUGCUCGCAUUCGUGAUGGCUCUCAAGCGCUGGCGGCACUUCCUCCUUGGGCGUCGUAGGUUCACAUGGGUCACAGACAACAAUCCAUUGACCUACUAUAAGAUGCAGGACACGGUGAGCAGCACGAUCGGACGAUGGAUGUACUUCAUCGACCAAUUUGACUUCACACCGAAACAUGUCCCCGACCUCUCCAAUCGCGCAGCAGAUGCACUCUCGCGAAGACCUGAUCUUUGCGCUAUGACACAUCAUGCCUUCGCAUUCGACGAGGAGCUUCAGCGACACUUCAUCCGGGCAUAUCAGUCUGAUCCGGACUUCGGCACACUCUAUGCACAACUAUCUUCGGAUCACCCGCCGGCCAGCCAUUACCGCAUUGCCGAYGGGUACUUGCUCCUCCACUCGAGAGGCAAGGACUUACUAUGUGUCCCACGCGGCCGUCGUCUUCGGACUCGCCUCCUCGGCGAGUAUCAUGAUUCACGACUCGCCGGCCAUUUCGGAGUCAACCGCACUAUUGCACGGCUUCGACAGCGAUUCCGAUGGCCCGACCUCAUUACCGAUGUCACUCGCUAUUGCGACUUUUGCGAAGUUUGCCGACGCAGUAAGCCCCGCAACCGCAAUCCCUACGGCGAGUUACACCCGAUGCCUAUCCCAUAGGAACCCGGUCUCUCCAUUGCCAUGGACGUCACCGGUCCGUUUCCUCGCGACCAGCUCGGGCACGACGACAUCCUCACGGUUGUGGACCGAUUGAGUAAGUACGCGCGUUUUCUCCCUUGCAAGUACUACUCCACGGCUCCCGAGCUGGCACGCCUCCUGCACACUCGUUGGAUUUGUGGUUACAGUGUACCAGAAGRCAUUGUCARCGACCGCGACACUCGUUUCAUGUCGGCGUUUUGGACUGCUCUCAUGCAGGAGUCCGGCACAACAAUGAAACCAASUUCGGCUC